AUGGAGACAGGCGAAGCAUGGUUACCGAAAUCUGCAAUGCGGCCUGUUGGCCCCGAAACAUCACACACCGACUGCAUUUUGGUCGUCGGUGUAUCCCGUCCGAAAUUAGCUGUAGUCUUUAUAACCGUUAUGUUAAUAUCCUUAUUUCUAACAUUUCACGUUCUCUACGACAGUGCCGUUUACAACAUACAAGCAGCGCAGGCGGUCUCCGAACAUCGUCGCCUGGCCAUAUUAAGCACUAAUCGCUUGCCGGAAUAUAACAAACCCGUCGCUGUGCCGUCAUCCACCAAUCAAAUUAGUCAUCCCAUGGUGUUUCCGUCAAAUCGUGUGCACUUCCCCAAAACAAGUCGAAGAUUACCACAAGCUCUCAUAAUUGGAAUUCGUAAAUGUGGUACACGUGCUUUACUAGAAAUGUUGUACCUGCAUCCUCGGAUACAGAAAGCAGGUGGAGAAGUACACUUUUUCGAUCGUGAUGAAAACUAUGUGAAAGGCUUGGAAUGGUAUCGGAAAAAAAUGCCACACUCAUUCCGUGGACAAAUUACCAUCGAAAAAAGUCCGAGUUACUUCGUCUCACCAGAGGUGCCCGAACGUGUACGAGCAAUGAAUGCCAGUAUUAAACUUUUACUCAUCGUACGUGAACCUGUGACAAGAGCCAUUUCUGAUUACACACAAUUACGUAGUCAUGCAGCAACAGCAACAUUGCCCCUAGCAGAGAAUACGAAUGGAGCGAUACCAGCUACUGAUGUGGAUAGCGGCGCACUACAGAAACCAUCGUUGUUCUCUUCGUCUUCAUCCUCAUCAUCAUCCUCAUCCUCAUCCUCAUCCUCAUCCUCAACGUCAUUGUCAUCAUCGUCUUCAUCGUUGGCGUCGCAAUCCUAUGGCAAAUUAAACGCAUACUCUUGGUCGCAGUUCUAUGACAAUUCGAUUGGUGGCGGAGGAGGAGCAGGCAGCGGAAGUCACAAAAAUGUUAUUGCCAAAGGCGGAAAUGCCAAUAGACACUUCGGUGGCAGCAACCAAUACACAACAACACCAACGCCGCAAACGAAUGCCGCAGCACAAAUUGGAGCCAAAACAUUCGAGGAGUUGGCCAUAUUCCCCAAUGGCACAGUCAACGAAUCGUACCGGCCGUUGACCAUUUCCAUGUACCACUUACACCUGCAUCGUUGGUUAGAAGUCUUCCCACGUGAGCAAUUACUGGUUGUCAAUGGUGAUAGAUUGAUUGAGGAUCCAGUUUCACAACUCAAACGGAUUGAAACGUUUUUGGGUAUCGAGCAUCGUGUCACCAGCAGCCAUUUUUACUUCAACGAGACAAAAGGAUUCUACUGCUUGCGUUACGACAGCGGCGACAGAUGCUUGCGUGAGACCAAGGGACGCAAACAUCCUCACGUCGAUCCCGUCGUCGUUUCCAAAUUGCGUAAAUUUUUUGCCGAACACAAUCAGCGAUUUUACGAAUUGGUCGGUGAGGACUUGGGCUGGCCUGAGGAAUAAAAACCAAGGCUCCUAUGCUCCUACGCUCAUUGCAUGUCCAUUGAAAAGUAAACAUUGUUAUAUUGUAGAUUCGUCGUGCGAGUAGGCAAAGAUUAAGGAUAAAA